CUGCUCUACGGCACAAGGACAGUCGAUAGCGGUCAGAUAGGUGUAUCCGAAACGAAAACAACUGUAAACACAAAUAUUUGAAAACUGAAGGUUGAAGGUUAUGAAGUUUACAGCUCACUAAUAGAAUGUUGGAUAGAGUGGUCAAGGACUGGCUCUCAGAAUACAAGGGUCUGUCGAGAGAGGAAGUCCGUAGUUUUGCAUCGACCAUUAGACAGAAUGAGGAGUUGGUGCAGAGCCUGUAUAAGCUGUUUGAGAGCAAGCCAUCUGUAGAGCACCUGGAUCCAGUGUGUCACCAGCUGUUCGAGUUUUACCGCUCCAAGCAGUCAGACUUGCGCAUCUUUGCCCUGGAAUAUGUCCCCACUCUCAUCUGGCUCUAUCUCAGUUGCCUGAGCCACAACGACAAGAAGAGCUGCGGAGGAGUUGAAGCCUUCAUCCUUGGAGUCUAUAACCUGGAAAUCGUUCACUCAGAUGGAAAAGCCAAGGUUAUGACGUUCAGGAUCCCAUCCUUUGGGCAACCAUCUGUCUAUCAUGAGCCCAGCAAUCUGAGCACACUGACACUGACCGAGAGUGCCCUCUCUCGCUACAACCAGAGCCAGGAGACAUGGAAGAGUGGCCCCUACCCUCAGUAUGAAAGUGUCAACGGUCAGAACAGACACGGCAUCUUGUCAUACAUCAUGUCUGCCUACAACUCUCACAUGGUCUCCCUGGCUACCAGAUCACAUCAGUCGCUGUGUAAAAUAGCAUCCAGGUUAGCCACUACAGGGUUUAGCAACCUGCUGCACCACAGUGAGGCUGACUCAAGUCCGGACAGCCUGUGUGACCGACGCAAUGGCUUCCAGUCCGAGGUGCUACCCAGGAUCCCCGUCAGCCCUGCCCUGCUGGUCGAAAUGCUGUCUGGAGUCUACUAUGUCAUGUUCAAUGGUCAAGCAAACGUGGGUAUCCAGUCAGUAGAGGACAUCCACUCUCGGGCCUGCUAUGAGCUCUACUCUGAUGUUCAACUGGUAACAAGUGCAAUUCUCAACUCUCUCAAGUACAACCCAUCAGGACAGCCACAGGAUGGGCCUAUGGGCAUCAGCAUCGCUCUGUCUUCCUCCUCCUCCACUUCAGGCCUGGCCAAGUCGGCCCUCACAAAUGCUUCAUUCAGAACAAAGAAACUGCCCGAUGACAUUUCUGUGCCCACCACCAAAGAUAAUGUGAAACUAGAACCCAUUGAUGAAGAUGGGGACCAGGGUCAAGGUCUUACCAAAGGGGCAAGGUCAUCUGGAAAGAAGGCAGCGAAGAAAGGCGACAAGAUACGAGGAAAGGAUGUUCGAAAAGAUUCUGAUGCAAGUGCAAAAUCAGCCAUUUUCAACGGAGAUUCCUCUGAUAGUAUUUCUGUGGCAGUGGUAAAGGGGCAGUCAAAGUCAGUCGUGGACAACCUUGAACUUCAUGCGUUGCCACGGCGAUCAGGUAGCCAUGAUGAUCCUUAUGUAGCAGCAAAUGGCAGUGAUGACAGCUUCCAAUCGGAGAAGAGUCGAAGUUUACCAGCAACAAGCAGAAGCAAGGACAGCAAGAACGGUUCCAUUAAUCAGGAGAACUUCAGUACUGAUUUAUGAUAAUUCUUUAAAUGAACAUGGUGCAUUUCAUCAGGUCUUUUAACCCUUCUAUAAUAACUUUCUGUACAACUAUUUACCCUUACCUAAGGCUCUUGAUACUAAUCUUUUUAUAAAGUUUAUAACUUGAUGCAUGUUCAGAUGAUCAUUACAUUGCUCUAAGUUUUAGGGUUUAGACUCAAUACGUUAUGGCAUGUUAGUGUCAAGUCAUGGCAUGUGAAGGCCAUUUUAGCAGGAGUAUGUGAUUAUUGUUAAUCACAACAGUCUUGCAGCUACUUCAGUAAACCCAAUCUGACAGAAUUAAAAAACAGUGCUGUCAGACCAAGGAUCAUUAUCAGGGUGGCCAUUGGAUUGCAAAUCCGAAUAGCCUGAUCCUGGCACAACGAAGGGAAGCAACUCUGCAAAGUUCCACCCUGAUCACAGAUAUAG